AUGUCGUCCGAAAGCUCUCGCAAUAAUGACAGCCUGACGCUGCGUGACCGCUGGGGCGCUGUUACUGUCCUCAUCGAGCAAAAAGACGUUCUCUCGACCGCGGCCGCUCGACGCACCUCGCUGACGCCGUCGCUCGUGGCCCCGAGCAGCGAUGGAACGGCGCCGGAGCAACCGUGGAACAGCAGAGCAAGCACGACCAGCAACUCUUCGCCGUCGCUGCACCAUUCGACGUCUGUUGCUGCCGCGGCCACUAAUCGACGGCAGCGCACGUCCACGACGAUGCAUGCCUCGCUCGAUGUGCCCCAUUCCCUCGUUCUCGGCUUGUCCAGUCAGGCUAUCGUCCAAAUCCAGCCUCAGCUUCUGCCCCUUCCUGCGGCCCGACCACUUGUAUUACUUGUCCAACUCGAAGACUACAUUCCGCAAGAACUUUCUACAACUCCAUCCUCGGUCUGCUUCCCUCCCAAUGCCACACCAACCCCUCAGUCAAUCCAGCGCGCCCUCGCACCAUUGUAUACCGUUAUCGCACGCUUACAGGCCGCAAAAGCCAACGAAGGGGUUGAUUUGAAGCAAGAGGUGGCCAUCAUGUUGUACUCUGAAAAUGUUCAUCUUCCAGAUGAGAUUGCAAUUGCCGCGUUCAAGAGCGGCGCUCACGGACUCUUGUGCCCCCCAUUUACGCCCGACUCUGUCAAACGGGCCGUUAGCUCUGCCCUUGAGCGACAUGCAUACAUGCAUUCGACCAGACCCCCGCAUAGCUUAUCUGAGCUAGCACCCGACCACCACUCGGACAACGCUGAACAAGAAUUGCACGAAACGCCACAGCCAGCGUUUCAGGCCCCUUUUACUUCCUCGGCACCAGUCGACCACCAUUUGCGAGCCUCUAGACGACAAGCGCCAGAAAUCCAGUCCCACGAACGCGAAGGGUUUUCACCCAUGGAUACUUCUCACCCUAUUCUUGACAGCGCACCCCACCUUUCACUCGCCGACAGCCUUGGGGCGCGUGGGUUCCCCCACCUCGCGGGCGUCACAGAACGCAGAGCGAGUGUUGAUUUAGGCGGAUUGGCGCUGUCCAUCAACUCAUUUACUCGAUCAUCUGAUUCCAUGGCCUUUGAUUCGGCUCCUCGUGAACUUGAUUGGAGAGCGACUACUGGGAGUGGCUGGGCUGGGUGGGAUACGGCUCCCCAGGGCUCUUCCCCAUUUGGCGAACAGCGGGAUACCAUUACUGCCACGACGUCCAAGAGGCGAAAAAGCGUACCUGCGUUUGACGAGGGGGGCGAAUUAGAACACGCCAAUUUGGUACUCUCUAUGCACCUCCACUCGAUUGCUGCGUUGGAAAAUGCCACCUUGGCCUCAUUCGCACCAAACGGAAAUUCGAUGCGCCAUCAGCAAACUCUUUCCAACUCAUCGGCUUUUACGUCCUCUCCUUCUGCUUCGCCGCUUUCGCAGCACUAUCCAGAGGGGGUCCCCUUUUCCGUUACCAACGCUGGAUAUCAACUCCAACCCUUGUCAGCCAAAGUUGACCCGGGGCGAGCGCCCUCUCCGUCUCCACCAAGUCACUCUCCCAACGGGCCACUUCAGCUUGUACCACCCUCUCCACGAAACGCAACACGAUUGCUCAAUCUUCUCUCAUCGUGGCACUUUGAGCCAUUCCUACUCUCCCCAAAUGACGCAGCAAACUGUGUCAUCCUCAUGUUCUCCACGCUUCUCUCCGCGUUCAAGGUCUCGCCUCUGACGACCAGCCCUAUAUCUGAAAGCGCAGCCAGCGGGAAUACUCGGAUCCCACUUGCAAGUCUUGGUUCUAUUCGGGUAAAAGAGGACAUUGCGCCAUUUGUCCAGAGCCUCCAGAGACUCUACCGUAAAGAGAAUCGGUACCACAGUUUUGUGCACGCGCUGGAUGUUCUCCAAGCUGUUUGGACCUUUUUGAAGAACGAGGGGAGGGUUCCGUUGCUCGAGGAGCAAGAUGUACAGGCGCAAGCGGAUUGGGAGGUCAGCGUUGAUGGUGCGUGGCGUGUACGUGCUGCGUCGCGGUUCAAUGCUGGUUAUGAUGGAGCCGAGUCGAAGAAGAAGAGGGGCCCUAGUGCCCUUUCCCUCUUGAAUGACGCGGAGCUUUUCGUUUUAUGUUUGGCUGCGAUUGGGCAUGAUGUAGGCCAUCCUGGGAAUGGCAAUGCAUUCCUAAAAAAUGCUCAGACGCCAUUAUCGAAGCUCUAUGAAGACAAAUCUGCAUUGGAGAAGAUGCAUUGCACUUUACUGUUGAGGUUAUUGAAAAAGUAUGGGAUGGAGCAUCUGAUCACCACUCAAACGCCCGAGGGAAGAGAAGGGCGGAGGCUGGUCGUGGGGACUGUCCUUGCGACGGAUAUGAGCUGGCACUUUCAAUGGCUCGAAGGCUUUCAACGUGCCAUGAAGGAACGCAAAACCCGAACGCGAUAUGCAUUGCAGAUGCAACAAGCUGCAACUUCUGCGGCACGUGGCAACACGACAUCAACGACCGCACAGACGCUCGAUGGAGGCGGGGACGAUGCCUCCAGCGAGACCCAUACGGAUGAAGCGCCGGAGCUGGUGCUCAAUCCUAGCGGCAACGGCACCUGGACAGUUGAGCCCGAUACAGAAGAGAACCGUCGUCGUGCCAGUCUUGUGCCCCCGCCCCAGGGCGAUGUCGGUGGUGAGAAUGAGGAUGGUGGAGAGGGGCUGUUCCGCUCUCCAGAGAUUGCAGAUCGGGAGGACCGCAUGUUUCUGUGUCAGGCGAUCAUGAAAUGUGCCGAUAUAUCCAAUCCAUGUCGCCCGCAUCACAUUUCUCGGCACUGGUCCACCGUUCUCUUGGAAGAAUGGGCAGCCCAGGCGCUCUUGGAACGGCACCUCGGAUUGCCGGUUUCUGUCGCGGCUGAUGCCAACGAAAAAGUGCAAUGCGUUGGUCAGAUUAGCUUUAUCAAGCUCUUCACUCAGCCUCUCUUUGAUGCUGUAUCUGCCGUUCUCGAUGGUCUAUCCCCGAUUGCAAAGGACUGUGCAGAGAACCGCGUGCUUUGGGAAAGACGGCUUGCGACGUUUGACCCACCUCCUGAUUCUGCUCCCGCAGAUGAUACGGCCCCUAAUUCACCUACAACCCAUGUCUCACAAAUGAUCCGACCUAUACCGCUCGCGUUGCCCAUUCUCCCGCCCAUGGCACGGUACGCAAAGACCGUCUUCCCGUUGUCAUUCCCCCGACGCAAAAAGGCACCACUGGAGACACGAAGACUGGCCAGUAUGUCACCCUGGCACGCCGUUGCCGUUCCAAUGGCCUCUGGAUCCAAAGUCGCUGCCGGAGGCGGCAGAAGAUUCCAUACGGCAAACGGGAGCACUGCAAAUACGAGCACGAGCACGGCGACGAAUGCGAGUAGUGGCACCAGUCGAAUGUGGUCACGCUCUCGACCUGAGAGCGUAUCGUCUACGUCUACACUUUCGAGUCUACCUGGCAGCAAUAGCAGUCGGGGUGGUGGUGAUAUGAAAGGAGAUCUUCCACGGACUCCGACAAAUGCAAAUUCCAUGAUGCAGCCGGGCCAGAUGCGCUCUCCCAUCUCCCCAUUACUCUCGCCAUUCAGUACCUCGAACAUGGGCUUGCCGUUUAGCUUUGGUGGAUACUCAGUUGGAGAUACAAACAUUGGAGAGACACAGGCCUUUGUCCCGAGUAGUGUGUGGGACGUGGAUCGAGAGGUCAAGCAACGAUGUCGGUCGACAUUACAUCAUGCUUGGGAGCACCGGGAUGGACGAAAGGCACAAAACUCGCUCUUGUUGGAAAUGCUGGGUUUGGAUGGCUCGGAUCCGCCCAACGGAUUCAGAGCACGGCGGUCUUCUUUUGGAUGA